AUGCAGCCUUUGGCGAUUCUGAGCGACUGGUGCCGCUGGCUGAGCGUCAAUGAGCAGCGUUCGAUGCUCAUCAUGGGCAUCCCUGAAGACUGCGAGGAUCUAGAGUUCCAGGAGACACUGCAUGCUGCCCUGAAACCCCUGGGCAGAUACCGGGUGCUGGGUAAAGUCUACCGAAAGGAGAUCAGUGCCAAGAUUGCCUUGGUGGAGUUUGCUGAGUGUUUAAACCGGGCUCUGAUCCCCCAGCAGAUCCAGGGCAAGGGAGGGCCCUGGAGUGUGAUAGUCCCUUCCCAGACACCUGAUUUGGAGUCUCAGGAGGGAGGCAGCCUCCCAGGUGCUCAGGGGCACUCCUUGGCUGGUGAGACUGGGGAGGAAGGGGCUGAUGGCCGGGCAGAAACGGCUGCCCAAUUUCCAAGUGAAGCCGCAGCUUCUGGUGAGCAGGAGGCUGCAGCUGAGGCCGGUGCCAGUGAGGCAGGAGAGGUGUUUGGGGCUGGGGAGGUGGCCCCCAGAGAUCUGGUUGAGGAGGGUCAUGGAGGUGAGGAGGGAGCUGGAGGUGAUGAGGUGUCAUAUGAGGAAGGAGCUGCUGGUGACAGUGGAGCAGCAGGUGAGGCGGGCUCCCCAGACGUGGCUGCAGUGGCUGGGGAGGUGGUCACAGCUGAGGAGGCAGGCACAGCUGGGGAGGCUGGAGUGACAGGCAGGGCAGGAGCAGGGCAGGAGGAAGCCUGGACGCAGCAGUGGCGUCAGGUCCUGCAGCCAAUGCUGGAGAGCUCAGCCUACCAGGAGCUGAGAACCUUCUCCGGGCUGCAGGAGGCCGAUGGCUAUAAUGAAGCAUUCGAGAGCUGGCUGCACCAUGCCAAUGACAUGAUGUUCCUGUGGCGCGAUGUGCCAGAGAAGGAGAGGCGUCGACGGCUGCUCGAGAGCCUGGGCGGCCCCGCGCUCGACGUGGUGUUCGAUCUCCUGGGCAGAAACCCCCACAUCGAUGUCCAGGACUGCCUGGUGGCCCUGGUGCAGGUGUUUGGGAGCCAGGACCCCCAGGUCACUGCCCGGCUGAAGUUUGUAACCUGCGCACAGAGGUCUCAAGAGACUCUGUUUGCCUACGUGAUGCGUCUGGAAGGCCUGCUGCAGAUUGCCCUGGAGAAGGGUGCCAUCAACCCUGCCGUGGUCAACCAGAUGCGGGCGCGGCAGGUGCUGAUGCAGGCGCGCCCCAACGACAUGCUGCGGAAGAAGCUGACGCGGCUGCGGCUGGAGCGGAAGCCGCCGGGCUUCAUGGACAUACUGCAGCUCAUCCGCGAGACCGAGGCCUGGAAGGCUGAACCUAACUUGCUGCCGCUGCCGCCAUGCGGUCGCAUCCUGGGCCACGUUCCGUGCUGGGGUGGUGUCGCACCAUCCCCAAAGAAGCCCGCUCUUGGCACUGGUGCUGUCGCUGCUUUCCUGAUGUUCCUGCUGCUGCUUCUAAUGGAGACGCCGUCGUCGGCGCCACAACAGCCGUCGUCACUGUAG